AUGGCGGAGAUGCUGGCGCUGGCGCUGGCCCCUCCCCCGCCGCCCCCGCCGGAGGAAGACGCGCAGCCGGCGCCGCCCCCAGAGGAUGAAGCGGACGCCCCCGAGACCGCGAAAGAGGCCAAGACGCUGGCGGGUCUGGCGCGCCAGGUGUCCAACUGGACGCUGCACUCGGACCACGAGCUGCACGCGUUCCUGAAGCAGUACUCGACCGACCUGUUCGCGCGCACGAAGGACCUGGAGGACAGCGUGCGCGACAUCGCGGCGGAGGCGGACGCGGCCCACGUCCGACUCAAGAACACGUUCAACCAGUUCCUCAUGCUCUCCAACAACCAGUUCAUCGAGAACCGCGUGUACGACGAGGAGCAGGAGGAUUUCUUCGGCGUCGAGAGCGGCCAGGCUGGCGCGGAGAAGGCGGAGGACAAGGACAAGGAGAAAGAGAAGGACAAGGAGCAAGCGGACGCCACCGCCAGCGCGGCUUCAGCUGCUGCAGAGAGCAAGGAGGGAGUGGCCAAGGCGGCGGCCGAGUCUAUCGUGAACAAGUACAGAUCGGCGCUGGACACGGGCAUGGAGGCCAUGAAGCUGUUCGUGAUGAUGGACGACGAGGACGACGACAAGAGCGAGACGCCGUCCCAGUUCGACACGGUGCUGGACAUCUACAACGAGCGCCCGCUGCCCUUCAUCAUCGGCACGAGGGAGUUCUUGGAGGACGAGACGCUCGGAUUGGGUGCGGCGCCGGAGGAUUACUCCGACAGCGACAGCGACUCGAGCUACGGCUCGUCGUACAGCAGCUCAGACUCCGCCUCGGACUCGGACUCGGCGUCAGACGCCUCCCCGGCGCCGAGAGAGAAGAGACACUCGUCGCGUUCUCGAUCGCGCUACCGGUCGAGUUCGGAGGAGUCGGAUGAGUCAUCGGUGGCGGCUCCACCGCCGCGAAGACGCGCGGACUCGGACGAGAGCGACACCAGCGGGCUGUUUGGUCGUCCGCCGGCGGUUGAGCCGCCGCGACGCCGCGCGGACUCGGAUGAGAGUGACACGAGCGGACUGUUUGGCCACCCGUCGGCUCCGGAAUCAGCCCCUCGUCUUCCUAGAGCGUCUUCUACGCGCAGUUCUCGUCGUGGCCAGGUGUUUGACGACGACGACGACGACGACGACGACAGCGAUAGCGACAGCGACAGUGAAGCUGAAUUGACGACAACUAGUGGCCUAUUUGGUCGGCCGUCCAGCGCCCCCAAAGACACGAAGAAGUCUCCUUCUCGAUCGCGCUACCGGUUGAGCUCGGAGGAGUCGGAUGAGUCAUCGGUGGCGGCUCCACCGCCGCGAAGACGCGCGGACUCGGACGAGAGCGACACCAGCGGGCUGUUUGGUCGUCCGCCGGCGGUUGAGCCGCCGCGACGCCGCGCGGACUCGGAUGAGAGUGACACAAGCGGACUGUUUGGCCACCCGUCGGCUCCGGAAUCAGCCCCUCGUCUUCCUAGAGCGUCUUCUACGCGCAGUUCUCGUCGUGGCCAGGUGUUUGACGACGACGACGAUGACGACAGCGACAGCGACAGUGAAGCUGAGUCGACGACGACUAGUGGCCUAUUUGGUCGGCCGUCCAGCGCCCCCAAAGACACGAAGAAGUCUCCUGCCGGCGUUUCGGUCCUGCCGCCUCCUCAGCAGACCAGACGUCUUGAUUUCUCCGACGAUAGCAGCGAUGAUGACGAUGACGGCGGACUCUUUGGGGCCGCACCUGCAAAGCCUUCUGCACCCGCUGCGAAGCCUGUUGUGGUGCCUCCUACCGCUGCCAUCCUGCCACCUCGACGUUCGACAUAUUCUGACAGCAGCAGCGAUGAGGACAAUGGCGACGGCGGCUUGUUUGGCGCAAAAUCGAAAGCUGCUCCUGUCGCAGCGACACCAGUUCCUGUAUCAGCUCCUCGGCCGCAGCCAGUUCAACGUCCUCCACAAAGCGGACUCUUUGGUGAAGGUGACAGCGAUGAUAGUGAUGACAGUGACGGUGGUGGUCUGUUUGGUGCGAGCAAGCCCACUGCUGCUGCAAAACCACCUCCUGUAACUGCCGCUAGACCACCACCAGUGGUUACGCACAACGUCAGUGACAGUGAUAGUGAUGACGACGACGGCGGCUUAUUCGGCAUUCCACAAUCAGCUAAGCCUGUUACGGCUGCGCCUGUUGCUGCACCUGCAUCACCUUCACCUCAAGUUCGACAGUUUCAAGUGCUCAGUGCUUCUAGCGACUCGGACGAUGGAGGGUUGUUCGGAGGCCCUCCCGUGCGAACCGCACCAACACCAGCGACAAUUGUACCAACUGCGUCGCCACCCCCCAUCCCCGCACCAACUCCUGCGGUGGCUACUACGGUGCCACCGACUCGACCUCUGAUUACCCGCCAAAUAUCGUCGGAUGAUGACAGUGACGACUGGAGCGACGACGAUGGCGGCCUCUUUGGCGCAGCUACAUCGAAACCUGCUACUACAAAACCCGUCGCAGCCCCAAUGCCCGCAACAACCAGCACCCCGGCGCCAGCCCCAUCUCAACCUGCCGCACAGUCGGGCUCACUCUUCGAACCUCCAGCAGGCACUGCUGGACCGGCUGUUCACCCCCAGAUCCCGAGCGCUGCUGCACGAAUGCGCGUCGCCGAAUCCGAGUCGGACUCGGACUCGGACUCGGACUGGGAUGGGGACGGCGGCCUCUUUGGGCCCCCAAACAAAUAA